AUCACAAAAUGAUCGGUGCGGCAAGCUUCUAUGGGCUAGUAAGGCCGCUAGAGGCACUGUUCGUAGCUCCUUUCAACAUCGCGUCAUCAUGAUAUUCUUGCUCAAGCCUCAAGGUCAGUAUCAAUUUGAAUGUUUCAAGAGCGUUGUUUGUCUGAUUCUUGUCACCCCCGCCAACCAACGACAUCAUACAUCAUGCACGUUCCAGGAACGCAUACGCACACCAUCUAUUGUUCAUAGGGUCAGUUGUCAGUUCUUCUCAAAAUGAAACAUCAUUUUCGCCAUGGUUUCAACAGGCAUCCCGCUGGAUAGGGCAGCUAUUAUUUCAACAGCACUGGAAGGCAUCUUAUACGGUUUUUCAGUUCUCCUGUUUGUGUGCACCAUGUUGACAUCGGCCUACAAACGUGACGCCAAUCGCCCGAUCGCUUUAGUGGCAAUCUUGUUAUUGACAUUAAGUACUGCGCACAUGGUCACAGAUAUCAUCCGUCUAGAAGAUGGAUUUGUCAAGUACCGUGAUACCUUUCCUGGUGGACCAGCGGCGUUCUUCCAAGAUAUUAGCCAACCAACAUUUUUGACCAAAAAUAUAUUAUACGCCUUCCAAACUAUGCUAGGCGAUGGGGUAUUGAUUUAUCGCUGUUACGUCGUUUGGCAAUCCAUUUGGGUUAUCGUCCUACCAAGCCUGCUGUGGUUCAGCGCCUCAGCGGCUAGUUUUAUUGCCCCCUACUACGCUUCGAAGUCGACUGGUGGAGACAUCUACAGCAAUCUGGCUGGACGAUGGGUUGUGGCGUUGUUUGUAUUGACACUUUUAACAAAUUUGAUAACUUCAGGAUUACUUGCGUAUCGUAUCUGGACGAUCGAACGCAGAGUCUCUGCAAUGGGCACUAUAAACAGCACUUUGAUGCCUAUCGUGCGCAUACUUGUGGAUGCCGCUAUCAUGUAUUCUACGGUGCUAUCUGUCAUGUUGGUUUGUUUCCUCUGCUCGAACAACGCUCAGUUUAUUAUCCAAGACACGGUAAUGCCGAUUAUUCCGAUUACCUUCUACAUGGUGUUUAUUCGCAUCACACUGAGGAACACUACUCUCCAUCACCUUUGGAUAGUCUGGUGCGGAAAGUGGCGGAAUGGAAAGAAACUUGCAGCGAUAUCCUACGCAACCUUUACAAUACCCUAAAUCUCAAUGGCCGCAUACUGACAAUUCUCGCACGGAGUAGGGAAUGAGGCCCUUAGGGCCGAAUAUUGACAUGCAAGGCAGGGUCUACGGAAGGAGCAUUUUGCAACGUCUAAAUAGAAGGGUAGCUCUAUUUCUUGACCAGGUUCCUGUUCAAGGAGGCAGGUCAUGACCAGUAUGUCAGGUGGAGCCCGUGGCAUGUCUGUCGUCGCGCAGGGUAGGCGAAUGCUACAUUGAUUUUUUUUUGUAUUCUUGUUUAUUGUCCGUUGGAGCAGAGCCCUAUAGUAUAAAG